CACUGCCUAGGGGCGGCCGGCCCACUGGUCAGCGGCGUCCGAGCCCAAGCCCCCAACCAACGGCCCGGGACGCGGGCCGGAACAGAAACGAUGCCCCUGGCUGUGCGCUCGCGAUCGUCCCAGCGCCCGCGGCUCGGCGACGUCCGUGGAUCUUAGGUUCGGGCUUGUCCAGUCACCUCGAGCCACUCGAAGAGCCCCGUUUUCCCACUGGGGACAGUGACAGUUCUCGCUGUCUCUUGCUUUUAGAAAGUUACUCCGACACUUUUGAUCCUCCGCCCUGAGUAAGAAGGAAUACAAAAGAGACAGCGUGGCCUGUCCCGCGUGACGGGGUUCCGUAGGAUCCCGUCAAGUGGGCAGAGCCAGUUGCAGCCGGAGCGGCCAGUCCAGCCAAUUGACAAUUCAGCCCCGGAAAGGGUUAAUUGCAUCCUGCUGGUUCGGUUUACAUGUAAAUAAAGAGCAGCUGCUCCGCGCGGGCCCCGGCUGGCCCUUUUUAAGUUUUUGAUUGGUUGCCAAUGACAUCACCGCCCGUGUUCUAACACCGUGGAUCCGAAGCGGCGUAGGAGCUACCCUCCUUAAAGAGACAAGGCCACGCCCCCUAGCUCCUCCCCCAGGCCGCCCAUUGGCCGCGGGCUGCUGUGAGGUAACGGUCAGUUCUUUCCGGAUUCCUAUUGGUCCCACGCGCCGUCGGUCGGCAGCCGGCCCGCCCCCCCAGAACCUUACAUUUACAGUCUAGCAAAAGAGAAAGUAACUAUGUUGUUGCUGGAGAUCAAUGAAGCCAAGUGAAUGGGGGCUGGAUGUGCGAAUCCACACUGAAGCGGAGCGCCAGAUGGUGGAGGGCUACACUUAUUUAUGAAACUGUCUUCAGUUCUUCUCGAAUUGCCAGCGCUCAGCCUCCUCAUGCCUCCGUCUCCUUUAGACGACAGGGUAGUAGUGGCACUCUCCAGGCCCGUCCGGCCUCAGGAUCUCAACCUCCGCUUAGACUCCAGCUACCUUGGCUCUGCCGUGUCAGGCAGUAGCAGCCACCCUCCUGUCAUCGCCGCCGCCGUCGUGUCCCUCAAGGCUGCGAAUCUGACGUAUAUGCCCUCAUCCAGCGGCUCUGCCCGCUCCCUCAAUUGUGGAUGCAGCAGUGCCAGCUGCUGCACUGUGGCAACCUACGACAAGGACAAUCAGGCCCACACCCAAGCCAUUGCCGCUGGCUCCGCCGCCACUGCCAUCGGAACCUCGAGCCCCUGCCCCGCCACCCAGAUGGUCAACAACAAUGAGAACGCAGGCUCCCUAAGUCCAUCAGCGGGGGUGGGCAGCCCCGUGCCGGGGACCCCCAAGCAGCUGGCCAGCAUCAAGAUCAUCUACCCCAAUGACUUGGCAAAGAAGAUGACCAGGUGCAGCAAGAGCCACCUGCCGAGCCAGGGCCCCGUCAUCAUCGACUGCAGGCCCUUCAUGGAGUACAACAAGAGCCACAUCCAGGGAGCCGUGCACAUCAACUGCGCCGACAAGAUCAGCCGGCGGAGGCUGCAGCAGGGCAAAAUCACCGUCUUAGACUUGAUUUCCUGUAGGGAAGGCAAGGACUCUUUCAAGAGGAUCUUUUCCAAAGAAAUUAUAGUUUAUGACGAGAAUACCAAUGAGCCGAGCCGAGUGAUGCCUUCGCAGCCGCUGCACAUAGUCCUCGAGUCCCUGAAGAGGGAAGGCAAGGAGCCCCUGGUGUUGAAAGGCGGGCUCAGCAGUUUCAAGCAGAACCAUGAGAACCUCUGUGACAACUCCCUCCAGCUCCAGGAGUGCCGGGAGGCGGGCGGCGGCGCGUCCGCGGCCUCCAGCGUGCUACCUCAGUCCGUGCCCACCACCCCCGACAUCGAGAACGCCGAGCUGACGCCCAUCCUGCCCUUCCUGUUCCUGGGCAACGAGCAGGACGCGCAGGACCUGGACGCCAUGCAGCGGCUGAACAUCGGCUACGUCAUCAACGUCACCACGCACCUGCCCCUCUACCACUACGAGAAAGGCCUGUUCAACUACAAGCGGCUGCCGGCCACCGACAGCAACAAGCAGAACCUCCGGCAGUACUUCGAAGAGGCUUUCGAGUUCAUUGAGGAAGCCCACCAGUGCGGGAAGGGGCUUCUCAUCCACUGCCAGGCCGGCGUGUCCCGCUCUGCCACCAUCGUCAUCGCGUACUUGAUGAAGCACACUCGGAUGACCAUGACUGACGCUUAUAAAUUUGUCAAAGGCAAACGACCAAUUAUUUCCCCAAACCUCAACUUCAUGGGGCAGUUGCUGGAGUUCGAGGAAGACCUGAACAACGGGGUCACGCCGCGCAUCCUCACACCAAAGCUGAUGGGCGUGGAGACGGUCGUGUGACACCAGCAGUGUGGACACCUGGACAGGAGCGGCUCCUGGUCCCCAUCGGGAGACGAGAUGAAGAGGAAGGAGAAUGGAGUCUUUCUUGGCUUUUUCUUUCUUCUUCCUUUUUUUUUUUUAGAUGGGGAUAAAGUUUGUGAAUGGAGACAAACUGGUUUAAAAACUUUAUUUUUAACAAGUGUGAGAAGAAUUUAAUUUUUGAGGCCCAUUGAGAUUUCCCUCCCAAGAACUGAUAAAGGAGGGAGGCUAAUGAAGUCCUUUUUUUUUUUUAAGCCAACAAUAAACAUAUAAUAAAACUCGUUUCUCCCCCUUUUCCUUUGAAGCUAUUUGUAGCGUUUAUGAUUAUGUAGUCUGUGCAGGUUCAUAGACCGAAUAUACUACACUCUAAACCAAUGUGAAGAAACCAAAAGUAGAAAAGACAUUGAAUCAUGAAGACCCGGGAUUCCGUGGGCCACUCAUGCAGAAAACAAAAACCCAACCAAACGAGCCCUGUGCUGCUCACCCGUGGCGCGCAGAACCGGGGCAGCUUGUGUGGUCUGAGAACCCUUCACAUUCUCAAAAGAGACAAAGGAUACUGUUGAUUUUGUGUGUUUCGUACUCUGAAUUAUUAUAUUUUUCCCUUUCCGGGUUUAAGAGAUAUUUUUGGAAAUAGCAAGGGAUUGACCAUUGAAACACACGUCCUCCCUGUGCAGGACGAGGCUGUUUUGAGUGGACGAGUUAGGGCUGGCAGCCAGAUGGUCGGCCAGUAGCGCAGAUGUGCCCGCGUGGAGAGAAAACAGAAUGAAAACCGAUUACUUUCCUCCCCACCUUUUUCCUUUGUUUAAUUUUUUUUUUUUUUUGGAUUUGAUUCUGGUUACAGUGCCAUAACCCUUGUUACAUAUGUAUAUCAGAAUGUAAAAAAAAAAAGACAAAAAUUUAUUUAAAAAUAUUUUUCGCAAAAAAAAACAACAACUGGGUGUGUUUCUGUUGAUUGUGUAAAA